AAAACAAAAUGCUUUUCCUGAUUUGUUAUUUUUUCUUUGAAAAAUACACUAAUCUCAGUUUACGCUUCACGCGAUCUCACCCUUUCUGUUGUGCCUUCCUCCCUUCUCCCACCUGCCGUCUCCGUCUCAGAUUGUCAGCUCUUCUCGCACCAUCUUCACACCUCAGUUUUUGGCCUACCUCCUUAGUGGAGGUUGAUUUUGCUUCGAAACUCUCGAAACCUGUUGGAACAUUUUCCCAGCGAAUCGUCUCCGAUCUUCCACCUCCUAGAAAAUGGAGAAUUCAAAAAUUCAAGAGAUAUUGGAGAAGCAGGUACUGACAGUGGUGAAAGCUGUGGAGGAUAAGAUUGAUGACGAAAUUCAAGCGCUUGAUCGUCUCGACCUUGAUGAUUUGGAGGCUUUGAGGGAGCGAAGACUGCAGCAAAUGAAGAAGAUGGCGGAGAAGAGGAAUCGAUGGAUCUCUCUAGGCCAUGGUGAAUACUCUGAGAUUCCCGUUGAGAAGGACUUCUUCUCCGUUGUCAAGGCUAGUGAUCGCGUGGUGUGCCACUUUUAUCGUGAAAAUUGGCCCUGCAAGGUUAUGGACAAGCACUUGAGUAUUUUGGCAAAGCAACAUAUUGAGACACGUUUUGUAAAAAUCAAUGCUGAGAAAAGUCCAUUUCUGGCUGAGAAGUUGAAGAUUGUUGUUCUUCCAACCCUUGCUCUGAUCAAGAAUGCAAAAGUAGAUGACUAUGUGGUAGGAUUUGAUGAGCUCGGUGGAACGGAUGAAUUCAGCACAGAGGAAUUAGAGGAUAGAUUGGCAAAAUGUCAAGUCAUCUUCCAUGAAGGUGAAUCAUCCAUAAAUACUUCAAAAUCUAGUGCACAGACCAGGCGGAGUGUGCGACAAAGUACGAGAUCAGACUCGUCGGAUUCGGAAUAAGUUAACAUUUCAGGUGUUGGAGUGCUUGGCUGGUAUGAAUAUGCAUUUAUUCUGCAUUAAAAUUUGAGAGUAUUAUCAAUAUUUGCAAGUUCGAUUAUGUCUUUAAAUUCACUCCAUGAGUGGCAGAAAUGAGGCAUCUUUGCUAGUAUCAGUGCAAUGGAUGCACAUUCUUACUUCAUGAUAUCUCUAAAGUUCUUAUAUAAAAAAGAAAAGAUCUCUAAAGUUCUUGCAGUUGCUGUGUAUUAGGAAUAUGAACAUUAAGGGCUUGAAAAACAUAAAACCAUCUUGUCACGUGGGGAAUCUUUUUUGACUGAGAAGUUGCAUGUUUUGUGUUUAACCUGUAGGUUGUUAAUUCCACCAUCUUGACCUCCUUCCCUUCCCUUUCCCAAGUGGAUUUUGUACAUCCAUGUUUCAAAUGAAAGCUUAAGGUGAAAAAAUAACCAUGUUAUUAAUACCUAAUACUAUUUUAACUUUGGCUUGGA